UAUCGUUUAGGUACAUAAAACAUGGGCAUGUCUAAGUGUUAUUCCUUGAUGAAAUGUUUGUUAAUACUCUUCAAUGUGAUAUUUUUGUGUGUGGGUGUAGGCACAUGUGCAUUCGCCGGGUGGGCUCUAUGGGACGGUCGCGCGACUGAGACAGGUUCAGGGAAGGCCGGCCUUGGAGCCCUGGCCAUUUGGGGCUUGACUCUCACCCUUGGAGCCAUCACAGCACUUGCAGGCGCGGUGCGCGGGUCGGCGUCGCUGCUGGCGGCGGCGUUCGCGCUGCUGGCGCUGAGCGCGGUGGCGGAGGGCGCGGCGGCGUGGUGGGGCGCGGCGCACCUGCCCGCGCUGCGCCGCGCGCUCGCCGACCGCCUCGCGCACACCGUGCGCCACGACUACGGCCGCCUGCCCGCCAGCACGCACCUCGUCGACGCGCUGCAGGCCGGGUUGGAAUGUUGCGGGUCGAGCAGUGCUCGCGACUGGCAGCACUCGGCGUGGGGCGCGGCCGAGGCGCUGGCCGCGGGGGAGGGGGGCGCGGGGGAGGGGGGCCCGGGGGAGGGGGGCCCGGGGGACGAUACGUUGGAUCUCAGUGUGGCCGCUGAACCCACGUACUACUAUGUGCCCGAGUCUUGUUGUGUGAGCCCCGAGGACGCGGCGGCGUGCGGGUCGGCGCGGCGCGUGGCGGCGGCGUCGGGCGGCGCGGCGCGGCUGCACGCGGCGGGGUGCGCGGGGCGCGCGGCCGCCGCGCUGGCCCGUGCCGCGCGCGCGCCGCUGGCCGCCGCCGCCGCGCUGCUGGCCGCGCACGCGCUGGCGCUGCUGCUGGCGCUCGCGCUGUGCCUGCGCGCGCACCCGCCGCCCGGCUACAAGGCCUAACCGCGCCGCGCGGCUAGUGACCGCACGCACACCGCUCGCCCAGCCCACACAUACACGCGCAGAGAGUACAACGUCUAGUGACCGCACGCACACCGCUCGCCCAGCCCACACAUACACGCGCAGAGAGUACAACAUAUAGGGCGUGCGUACUCGUCACACCCACGCAUACAUAGGGCAUACGACACAUAGUGCGUGUCUACACUCACACGUGCAUAUUGCGCACGCGCACGACACGUCGUACCUACUCAUACAUACACGCAAUACAAAUACACCCGCGCAUGAGUAGCGCUCGUACAUACAGAAGGUUCACACGCGUUAUACAAACAGCCCGCGUAUAUUCGCAACGUCGAUCACACAUAUGCAUUCUACCAAAAACAUCACACCGUGCGCCCCUCACACACUACAAUCGCAACACAUACACAUACACUGUACACACAAAUCACAAUACACAGGCCUGACAUGAAACUUUGUACAUUCUUCAUGUUAUACUUAUUUUCAUCAACAUUUAUUACAACAAUGUUCAAAAAUAAUAUUUAAUUAUUGAUACAAUAUUGGAUACAAUUGAAGAUAAAAUUUGUCUGAUUUACCACGGUGUGUUCUAUGUGAAUCUAAAAAAUAAGUGAUAUUUUUCAUUACCCUUAUUAUACAAAUAAUAAAUUUGUGUGAAUCCAAUACUCGAAUAAGAUCAAAUAUUAUAUAAGAAUUUAUGACAAAAAACCAGGGUCUAUCGAUAUCUCUCGUAAGUAAAAACAAUUUCCUUGCAUAAUAUUGUGCAUCUCUAAUUUAAAAAUAUAACAUGUUUUUUUAUAUUUUGAACGUAAAGACAUCACAAUUAAUAAGACCAUUUUUAUGUAAAAGAAAAUGCCUUAAAUAUAACCUGGGUUAUAUAAAUACACAAAAAAAUUAUCUGGCGCAGUAUUAUACGACCCACCGAACAUUCUUUGUUAAGUUAUUGGUGUAUAGUUCAGAUAACUGAAGCUCUACUUAAUAUUCCCUUUUCAUUCUAUUGCCAAAAUAUAAAAAGUUAAAACGACAAAUUUAAAAAAAAUUGGUAAGAAUCAACCUACUUUAUAGAAGAAAGUCGAGAAAAUAAAAUUGAAGAAGGUAGAGCUUCAGUUAAUAGAACUGUAAGGAGCCAAAGUUACAGUCAACUUACUGACUUGUGUUGACACUCUUGUAAGGCGAGGGUACACUGGGAUAGAUUCUUCAUACCAUGUAGAACAGACUUAAAAUAAAAUAAAAAAAACACUUUAUGUAAUAAAUUACUAUAAGUGAAAUUGUUUAAAAAAAAUGCGGUCGAAACACCAAAGUUUUAGCCAAAAAAUCGUGAGGACUGGUGAUUACAUGAAAAAAAUUAAAAACGCUAUGGAUGAUUUCAAGAUGGAAACUUAAAAAAAUCAUAAAUAUUAUAAUAUAAGCUACAAUUCACUGCCCUGAAAGUGCCCUUCUUAAUAAUAAUUAACUAACCUACGAGUUAAGUCUAACCCGGUGUCCGCACUCCGCGCCCUCUAAGUGUCGAGUUACAAUAAAAAUACAUUUAUUUUUGUUCCUAUUUUUAUAUUAUUUAUACAAUAUAUUUAUUUACACUAAGACUAGAAACGUAAACACGAUGUUGCUAUUAUUAUUAUUAUAUUUUUUCCACAAUUCACCCACCUUACAAAAACUGAACUGUUGUCAACUUGAAUAAAUACGAUCAGUAAAAUGAAUAGUAAUCUAGAUAGUUACAAUAAGAGUGUAAAAUCAUUCGAGUUUUAUCAAAAUGUUCAUAUUCUACAUUCUACAAAUAAUAUAUUUAUAUUAGUGUAAGUGGAAUUAAUCGUUAGCUAUAAGUGGAUAACCAAAACGUGUGUUAGGUGUAAGUUGACAUUUUAUUAUUGCGUAUGUACUUAUAGUUAUAUUUUAUUUAUUGCCAAGUCGUUCGAACUAUUUACAUAUAAUGGUUAAAUUGAAUUAUAUUGAAGAAAAAAUUGUCUUCACGAUUUGGAUACAAGUAAAUAGUUUGAAUAGACUUUUUCAAUAUAUUGGUAAUGAAUACCUGAUCUGAAACGAAGACUGUUCCGAAUACUCCGCAACUGCCGCUGCAGCAAGACUGAUUUAUUAACCUUAUCCGCGCGAUACACAGAGUGCCUUAUUUCGUCCUCAUCAUUAUGACCAUCAUACUCAUCAUCAUCAUCAUCAUCAUAUUAAUAAUCAGAAUCGUAAUCAUCAUAAUCAUAAUCCCGUGCUCUCACUGUAAGAAUACAGCUUCCCUAUAAGAUAAAAGUUGAAAAUCUAAAUCAUGAAAUUGGGAGGGCGUUGAUUGAUGACAUUA